CGUGUACACUUUAGUGAGGUACGUGAGCAGCAGCAGCGACAGAUGGCGGGCUCCUCUUCCCUUGGGAAGGCAAUCUCUACGAAUGCGAGCGCGUGUCAAUCACCCGCUCUCAUGUGAUGGCUCCUGCCAGUGACGUGCCCACCAUAUGGCCUGGCAUCAGAGCAGGUAUCUACGCUGCCUGAUAGGAAUGCCACACCGCUUCUCUGCAGACCGGAGAAAGGAUAACUCGUACCGGAUCACAGACAAUUGAGCUUUUCUUAUUAUUAUUAUUCUUAGUGUAGUAGGCAGCUAGCAUGAAGAUGGUGUUGACGUAAACGCCCUCACCCGUAGAGCACCAUACACAAGUGUCGCUGCCAUGUUGACUAGAUUAUUCAACGAACCUUCACUGCUUCCGAACAUGCAGAAGUUCGGGGGCUGGGUGGAUGACAGCGGGAGCGAGGACUACAAAAUCAAGGACGAGGGGCAGGAGCGCUGUCGCCUAGGCGACGAGGACUUGGAAGAGGGCGAUGUGAAAGACGGGAGCAGCCGGGCUCAGUCGGAAAUUGGAGGGGAGGACGACGAUGAUGAGGAUGUUGAUGAAGAUGAUUGUGGAGAUGAUGGGGACGAAGACAUGCCCAAAAAACGUGGGCCAAAAAAACGCAAAAUGACACCGGCUAGGUUAGAGCGCACAAAAGUUCGCCGCCAAAAAGCAAACGCCAGAGAGCGCACGCGCAUGCACGAUCUAAAUUCAGCAUUGGACAAUCUACGCAAGGUUGUACCAUGCUAUUCAAAAACUCAGAAACUCUCCAAAAUUGAAACUCUAAGGUUAGCAAAGAACUACAUUUGGGCGCUUUCAGAAAUCUUGCGCAAUGGGAAGAGACCAGAUGUGGUUUCGUAUGUACAGACACUGUGCAAAGGCCUCUCCCAACCCACGACCAAUCUGGUAGCUGGGUGCCUCCAGCUUAACUCAAGGAAUUUUCUAACGGAACAAUGUCAAGAGGGACCGCGCUUUCACGUGCCUAACCCGUCAUUCUCUAUGCAUGCAUAUCCAUACCAAUGCUCCCGUCUAUCAAGCACAGACUGUCAGUCAGGAUCCAGUGCACAUAACCUCCGAAAUAACUCUUUCUGUUCGGCCUACGAGGCUCUGUACACCGAAGACACGUCACCAGAAUACAACAGUCCAGAUUAUGAGAGUCGCCACAGCCCUCCAGUGUGUGUAAAUGGUAACUUUGCUUUAAGACAACAAGAGUCACUGUCACCAGACGCGGAAAGAGGUUAUCAAUAUUCGGUGCAUUACACCAAUCUGCAUGGCUCACGUUCCUCUGCUGCUCAUGGUCUUGCUUACGGCCCAUCAGGAACUCGCAGCGCUCACUCAGAGAGCCUUCCACCGUUUCACGAUGUACACGUGCACCACGAUCGAGUGCCUGCAUAUGAGGAACUCAACACCUUUUUCCACAAUUAGCUUGGUGAUUUUUCCGUGUUAAUGAAAAAAUUAAAUAAAUAAAAAGACAUGGAAAAUAAAAAGACAUUUCCACGAUCAAAACCUUAUAAUAAUUCCAUAAUGAACACUAAUGGACAAAAUAUGUAUAAAAUAAUUGAAUGAAUCCAACCACUAAAAUAUUAUGUUUGAACCAUAAUGAAUAUAUUAUGUAAUAACUCAAGACAAAAAAAAGUGAAAUGAACAAGAUUGUUAAAUGAAGUUUCAUGAUCAAAUAAAUAAAGACGCAUAAUGUUCCAGAAUCAA